AUGGUUCUGACCGUACUAUUCUUCAUAACUUUUCUCGGAGCCGCGCAAACCGCGCCAACCACAAAUAUGACAGGUUGCACAAGUGCCGACACUCAAGAGUUCCUCGAAAUCAACGCGCAACUAUUUUUCCUCAAUGCUGACGAUGAAAUCUACCACAACAUUCUUCGAAUCUGCUCGAAUUUCACCGCAUUUUUCGACAAAACUAAUUGCUCAUAUUUGAAAACCACUAUGCGUGAUGCAAUUGAAAACUAUUGCAACUAUAUUGAAUUCGAGAGCACUGAUUUUCAGCCUUGUUUUCUGAAAUUGGUGUCGGAUAGUUCACCGUGCUUCGAGAAAGUUCUACAAAGAGCACCACCACUUCUAGAGAGAGCUGUGAGUUUUUUCCGAGCGUUGCUCAUAUUAACCAUGAUUUUUUCUAGAGUAACAAUACUUUGGACAACGAUUCCUAUUGUAAAAACUACUUUGGCGCCGAUAAUUGCAUGAAGAAAACUGUAAUUUCGACAUGCGGCUAUGAAAAAUGGACAGAGUACAAAAAAGCUCGGAUUUAUCGCGAGAAAACUUGCGAUUUUACCGAAGGUGUUAAUCAUUAUGCGUUUAAUUGA